ACCAAACAGAAGGGGAAUUCGUUGCUAGGGCACCAGGGUAUCUCACAGAAGCCAUGGAAGAUUUGAACCGCCAGGUGUCCUCCCUGCCUUGUGUCUGCCUAGGUCUCUGCCUUGGUUGCCCUCUUCUUUCUUGCACUGCAGCCCAUCUUUCUGUUUCUCUGAACUGGACACGUCCACUGGCGAAAAUGACCCUCCAUCACCUAAAAAGAAAGGCCUGGCCCAUGCCCUCUUGGAAAACUUGUUGAAAAAGACCCCAGUUACUGUCAUUGUCUUCAUUUCACCUGCUGUUCGAAACUCAAUGGCACUGAUUCAGAUGUGACUCCUGACCCUGGCUGGGUGCUCUGAGCCAUGGCAGACACCAUCUUCGGCAGUGGGAAUGACCAGUGGGUCUGCCCCAAUGAUCGGCAGCUUGCCCUGAGAGCCAAGCUGCAAACAGGCUGGUCUGUGCACACUUACCAGACCGAGAAGCAGAGGAGGAGCCAGCGCCUCAGCCCAGCCGAGAUGGAGGCCAUCCUGCAGGUCAUCCAGAGGGCCGAGCGGCUGGACACCCUGGAGCAGCAGAGAAUCGGGUGCUCAGACCCAAAGCCUCCACGUCAUCCUGGAUCUCUCACCUGCCCCACCCCAGCCAUCGAUGCUGUCUCAUCCUCCUUCCCAGCCAUCCACAGCUGCCUACUGGCCUCCUUCCCUCUGCCUCCUCCCUGUUAUUCCAGCUUUCCACAGAAGCCAGAGCGGCUGGUGGAGCGGCUGGAGACCAUGAGGCAAAACGUGAUGGGGAACGGCCUCUCCCAGUGUCUGCUGUGUGGGGAGGUGCUGGGCUUCCUGGGCAGCUCAUCAGUGUUCUGCAGAGACUGCAGGAAGAAAGUCUGCACCAAAUGUGGGAUCGAGGCCUCUCCAGGCCAGAAGCGGCCCCUGUGGCUGUGUAAGAUCUGCAGUGAGCAAAGAGAGGUCUGGAAGAGGUCAGGGGCCUGGUUCUACAAGGGGAUCCCCAAGUAUAUCUUGCCCCUGAAGACCCCCAGCAGGGCCGAUGACCCCCGCUUCCAACCUUUUUCUGUGGAGCCAACUGAGCCGGAGCCCAGAAUCACUGAGACCGGCCGUGUCUACACAUGGGCUCGAGGGAGAGUGGUUUCCAGCAACAGUGACAGUGACUCAGAUCUCAGCUCUUCCAGCCUGGAGGACAGACUCCCGCCCUCUGGGACGAGGGACAAAAAAGGCAACAAACCGGUGGGGGAGGCAGGUGGCAGCAUGGAGUCUCCCAGGAUGGGGCUCACCCGCGCACCCAGCCACCUCUCGGGGAGCCAGAGCAGCCUGGCCAGGGAGACUGGGACAAGCUCUGCAGACCCACAGGGGCACAGCCUUCCCCAGCCUGAGCCCAGGGGCCCUGGCAAAAGACAAACCUGGGCGACUCCCCGCUGCUGAUGUGGCCUUCGAAGGAGGGUUACUGCGUGGAGCCAACUUGCCAGUGGGAGACUGAAACCAAGAGAAAGCUGGAGCCAGGCUGGAUCCUCCCCGACUUCUGAUUCAGCGAGUCAGUGUUUGGGGGCUGAGUCUAGUGCCCCCACCUAGUGCCUUUCUGCGCCCCUCUGGGGAGCCCUCCUCAUCCACCAUUCUCCCCUCAAGCUGUGACCUUUAUUUAUUGCCUCUCCCACACACACGUGUGUUUUGGUGGGUCUUAGGUUGGGCUGGAAGGGCUCUGGGGCCCCUCUUAUGAGGCCCCCUAUAUGCACUGCGGUUCUAGUAGGGCCACUGCACCGGUCCUUUCUGUGUUUGUAUUAAUGACAAGAAGAACUACAACCCUCCUGUACCCCUCAGAGCCAAGCUUAGUCCCUCAGGGUGAGUGCAGAAGCCCAGAGCAAGUGGGGUGAGGGAUAAGCCCACCCUCUCCCUGUCCCUCAGCUCCCCGGGGCAGGAGCACUGUCGUGCCUUCCCAGAGGACUGGCUUCUUGUUUGGUUUCUUUGAAUCCCUCCAUUGGCCUCCAGGUUUUCACUCAGCCAGGCACAUGGGUCCCCUAAGACAUUAAUUCUCUUCUCUUCAGUAGAUUGGGUUGGACAUGAAAAAACACUCAAUUCAAAGUGCAGUCAAAUGCUUCUGGAAACCCUCCCUGAAGAGAAAGUGUAUGUUGCUGUCCUUGCCCUCCUGCGCUUCCUGCCCUCCUCAUCGCUCCCUGGGACUGGGGUUUUCCAAGGGCCCUCUCAGCUCCAAACCCUUAGCUUCUCUCCCUUGCCACACUUCCCUGGGACAUGUUAUGCUUCAGAAUUAAAACAAUAAAGAUUAGAGUUUGCAUUGA